AUGGAUAAAACCCAAAUUAUAAUCUUUGCGAAAAACGUUCUUGAUGCGAUUCCAGGAACUCUAAAUUAUAGCGUUGUAGUUCCAAAACCUGGAUCCAUGUCAGUUAUGUGGACAAGUGUUUAUUCCAUACCCCGCAAAUAUAAAGAUAUCGAAACCUCUCUCACUAUUAAUGAGACAGGGUCGCAAGUUCCAAUGGAAAUUUCUCCGCUAAUGCCAACGCAAGCUUCGCAGAGGGUGGCGCCAUUGUUUCCGACUUCAGAGGAUGUGUCAUUAUUUCCAGCUUCACCAAAAAAGCGCAUCACUGAAUCCGUAUCUGUAGAGACCACAGCUAAAAAAGUCAAAAAAACGGGAGAAAAAAAAGCAACCAAAAAAGAAUCAAAUGCAUUGAAUCAACUUAUCGAUGAGUUAAUUGGGGUGUCUUCCACGAAUUCGGAAUCUUCAAGCACAACAACUAUUACUGUGGCACCACAAGAUAUGGAAAAACUUGAGACGCUUAUUCCGUUGUAUCAGAACAUCAUCAGUGCCGAAUCAGACAAUGAAAAAACUAGCCUUAAUGAUGAUAUUAAGAAACAGCUGGGUGAAAAAGUUACUGAGACGACACUUUGGAAAAGAACCGAAAGAGCUAAAAAAAUUUACGCUAUUUUUUCUGAAGCCGGAGAGGAUAAGAUCCAAAAAGUUAAAUCAUUAACAGCUAAUGCUAUAUCUAAAUUACCUUGGGCUA